CACCGGGGCCGCUUUGCUGCUUAUGCCAUCAAAACAUGUACAACUGAGGCUAAACUUUGCAGAGUUUGGUGAAUAAAAUAAGCAUUCUACCAGCUUGACGACUGACCCGAUUACACUGAAAAAUGUGGAUUUUUUAACUGCUUUUGAUGUGGGCAGUAGAAACUUUUUAGACGUUUUGGGGUUUUUCUGUGAAAACGGAGUAUUUUACAGAGAGAAAGUUUUCUUGUUCGUACGUUUUUAGAUAGGCGCAUUUGUUUUCUUCAAAAUGCCACAGCUGAACGGAGGUGGUGGCGAUGACUUGGGAGCGAAUGAUGAACUUAUAUCUUUCAAAGACGAAGGAGAACAAGAGGAGAAAAUAUCCGAGAAUGUGUCGGCCGAGAGGGAUCUGGACGACGUGAAAUCGUCUUUGGUGAACGAGUCUGAAAACAACAGUAGCUCGUCUGACUCAGAGCAAACAGACAGGCGUCCACAACCGAGACCAGAACUAGAAACCUAUGAGAAACAAAGAGAGUAUUUUGCUGAAGCCUUACGGCGACAGCAAGAUGGUGGAUUUUUCAAGGGUCCCCCUUAUGCUGGAUAUCCUUUUCUGAUGAUUCCAGACCUCACAAAUCCAUAUCUCUCUAACGGCUCUCUAUCCCCCAGCGCCAGAACGUAUCUCCAGAUGAAAUGGCCUCUGCUAGACAUUCCUGGGUCUACAGCCCUGAAGGACUCAAGGUCGCCGACGCCAGGACACUUGUCAAACAAGGUCCCUGUGGUGCAGCAUCCUCACCACAUGCAUCCUCUCACUCCACUCAUCACCUACAGCAGUGACCACUUCUCCCCCUCCACACCCCCGUCCCACCUGUCCCCCGAGAUCCUCGACCCAAAGACAGGCAUCCCGCGGACUCCGCAUCCGUCUGAGCUGUCUCCGUAUUACCCGCUCUCUCCUGGGGCCGUGGGGCAGAUCGCUCACCCCCUGAGCUGGCUGAUGCCGCAGCAGGGCCAACAUAUGUACCCGAUCACGCCCGGAGGGUUCAGACACCCUUACCCAGCGCUCGCGAUGAAUGCAUCCAUGCCCAGCCUGGUGUCCAGUCGCUUCUCUCCUCACGUGGGGCCACACCCAGCUCACACCCUCCACCAGACCGGCAUCCCACACCCAGCCAUCGUUUCCCCCACCAUCAAACAGGAGCCCAGCGCUGACGGACCCAGCACCCCAGUCCAUGGGAAAGCAGCGGUGCCCGUGAAGAAGGAGGAGGAUAAGAAGCCCCACAUUAAGAAGCCUCUGAAUGCCUUUAUGCUCUACAUGAAGGAGAUGAGGGCCAAAGUGGUGUCUGAGUGCACGCUGAAAGAGAGUGCAGCUAUAAACCAGAUCCUCGGCAGGAGGUGGCACUCGCUGUCCCGUGAGGAACAGGCCAAGUAUUAUGAGCUGGCGCGGAAAGAGAGGCAGUUACAUUCUCAGCUCUAUCCAGGCUGGUCAGCACGGGACAACUAUGGAAAGAGGAAGAAGAGGAAGAGGGAGAAUAAGUCAGAAGCCAAUCCAGAUAACUUCUCACCCCAGAGCAAGAAGCCGUGUGUCCCCUACCUCCCCGCUGAGAAAAUGAUUGACAGCCCUACCUCCUCUCACGGCAGCAUGCUGGACUCCCCUGCCACGCCCUCCGCCGCCCUGGCCUCUCCCGCCGCCCCGGCCGCCACUCACUCGGAACAGGCCCAGCCGCUGUCCCUCACCACCAAACCGGAGAACCGCUCCCAACACCACUUCCCCGCGCUGGGCAAGGCCCCGGGCCCCGGCCCUUCCGCCGCCUCGUCCCCUCACCCGAACCUCUCUCUCCACGGCCAGUCCUCAGCCCUGCUCUCUCGACCAAUCCCCUUCACCAGCCUCCCCCCGUCCAUGCUGGCCCCGCCCACCUCCUUCCACCAGGCAGCUCUGCACUCCCAUCAUGCAUUGGUUCAGACGCAGCCGCUCUCUUUAGUGACCAAAUCGACGGAUUGAAUCAAAACGUUUUGUUUUGU